CAGCACUUGAAGAUCGAACAGUCGACAACCUCUUCCCCAACGACGUCUUCCGCCUCCAUUUUCGUAUCCCAUCUCCACGUCGGAUAUCAUCUUCAAAAUGUCUAACCCUGAGCUCGCUGUUUCCUAUGCCGCCUUGAUCCUCGCGGAUGACGGUGUCGAGAUCUCGGCCGACAAGCUUCAGGCCCUCUUGAAGGCUGCCAACGUGCAAGAUGUUGAACCAAUCUGGACUUCUCUUUUCUCUAAGGCUCUCGAGGGCAAGGAUGUUAAGGAUAUCCUAACAAACGUCGGCUCCGCCGGUGCUGCCGCUCCUGCUGCUGGUGUCGCUGCCGCUGCUGGUGGCGCUGCUCCCACCGAAGCUGCACCAGCCGCCGAGGAGAAGAAGGAGGAAGAGGAAGAAUCCGACGAGGACAUGGGUUUCGGCCUUUUCGACUAAGCGGCGCACCUUCGUUUUUUUCCUUGUACACAAUAUUCCAAAAGGGAUGCACGUCUUGGGCGCAUGCGGGCAGUUCUGCUACGAUUUUCCGAUGGGGAUCAUAAGAGGGCCAAUUGUCGGGUAGCACAACAUUUUCAUAUUAUGAUAUGAUUACUUGUUUUAUGUCAUGUCGUUAUGAGCUAGCACUAUCGCCAAAUAAAAGUGAAUGUGCACCGUC